AUGGAGGGAGAACUCAGAGGCAUUGUGGAUAAGUUUGCCUUUGAUUCUAAGAUUGAUUCUAGUAACCGCACACAGCAAUGGAAAGUUUGAUGUUCUGUUGACUUUAUUUCUGGGCAUUAAAACAAUGUUUAUUUAUUUCUUGAAGAAAUGUGUGUGUGUGUGUGUGUGUGUGUGUGUGUGUGUGUGUGUGUGUGUGUGUUUAUUUUGUAUGACAAACACUACCAGUCAAACUUUGGACACACUUACUCAUUUAAGGGUUUUUCUUCAUUUUUACUAUUUUUGACAUUUGUAAAAUAAUAGUGAAGACAUCAAAACUAUGAAAUACCACAUAUGGAAUCAUGUAGUAACCAAAAAAGUGUUAAACAAAUCAAAAUAUAUUUUAUAUUUGAGAUUUUUCAAAUAGCCACCCUUUGCCUUGAUGAUAGCUUUGCACACUCUUGGCAUUUUCUCAACCAGCUUCAUGAGGUAGUCACCUGGAAUGCAUUUUUCAAUUAACAGGUGUGCCUCGAAAUGUGUGGAAUUUCUUUCCUUCUUAAUGCGUUUGAGCCAAUCAGUUGUGUUGUGACAAGGUAGGGGGGUAUACAGAAGAUAGCCCUAUUAUUCUUAAAGUGCAGUCGCAAAAACCAUCAAGCACUAUGAUGAAACUGGCUCUCAUGAGGACCACAACAGGAAUGGAAGACCCAGAGUUACCUCUGCUGCAGAGGAUACGAUCAUUAGAGUUACCAGCCUCAGAAAUCGCAGCCCAAAUAAAUGCUUCACAGAGUUCAAGUCACAGACACAUCUCAACAUCAACUGUUCAGAGGGGACUGUGUGAAUCAGGACUUCAUGGUCGAAUUGCUGCAAAGAAACCACUAAAGGACACUAAUAAGAAGAGACCUGCUUGGGCCAAGAAACACGAGCUAUGGACAUUAGAACGGUGGAAAUGUGUCCUUUGGUCUGGAGUCCAAAUUUGAUUUUUGGUUCCAACCGCUGUGUCUUUGUGAGACGUGGUGUGGGUGAACAGAUGAUCUCCGCAUGUGUAGUUCCCACCAUAAAGCAUGGAGGAGGAGGUGUUAUGGUGUGGGGGGUGCUUUGCUGGUGAUACUGUCUGUGAUUUAUUUAGAAUUCAAGGCACACUUAACCAGCAUGGCUAUCCAGCAUUCUGCAGUGAUACGCCAUCCCAUCUGGUUUGGGCUUAGCGGGACUAUCAUUUGUUUUUCAACAGGACAAUGACCCAACACACCUCCAGGCUGUGUAAGGGCUAUUUGACCAAGAAGGAGAGUGAUGGAGUGCUGCAUCAGAUGACCUGGCCUCCACAAUCCCCCGACCUCAACCCAAUUGAGAUGGUUUGGGAUGAGUCGGACGGCAGAGGAAAAGCAGCCAACAAGUGCUCAGCAUAUGUGGGAACUCCUUCAAGACUGUUGGAAAAGCAUUCCAGGUGAAGCUGGUAGAGAGAAUGCCAAGAGUGUGCAAAGCUAUUUGAAUUAUCUCAAAUAUUAAAUAUAUUUUGAUUUGUUUAACACUUUUUUGGUUAAUACAUGAUUCCAUAUGUUAUUUCAUAGUUUUGAUGUCUUCACUAUUAUUCUACAAUGUAAAACUAGUAGAAAUAAAGAAACUGUUGAAUGAGUAGGUGUGUCCAAACUUUUGACUGGUACUGUAUGUCAUUGAAAUGUACCACAGAGUAUAGUACUGUAUGUCUGUGUUUUUCUAGUUACUGUUUGUUUGAGACAUCUUUCUCUAUUGGAUAUAAACAAAUCUAAGUUUAUUGGUGUUAUACACAGUUUAGCAGAUGUUAUAGCGUGUGCAGCGAAAUGCUUGUGUUACUAGCUCCCAACAGUGCAGUAAAAUGUCAAACAAGUACACAAAUAAUCAAAAACAAGAAAUCAAGAAAUGUCAGAAUGAAUCCAAUUAACUACCCAAAUAACACUGUAUCAGUAAUCCAAAUGCAAUCUAUGUGUAUAUACACCGAAAAGAUACACUGAGUAUACAAAACGUUAAGAAUGCUCUUUCCAUGACAGACUGACCAGGUCAAUCCAGGUGAAAGCUAUGAUCCCUUAUUGAUGUCACUUGUUAAAUCCACUUCAAUCCGUGUAGAUAAAGGGGAGGAAACCGGUUAAAGGAGAAUUUUUAAGCCUUGAGACAAUUGUGGGUGUGUGCUAUUCAGAGGGUGAAUGGGCAAGACAAAAAAUGUAAAUGUCUUUGAAAGGGGUAUGGUAGUAGGUGCCAGGCACACCGGUUUGAGGGUGUCAAGAACAGCAACGCUGCUGGGUUUUUCACGCUCAACAGUUUCCUGUGUGUAUCAAGAAUGAUCCACCACCAAAAAACAUCCAGCCAACUACACAACUGUGGGGAGCAUUGGAGUCAACAUGGGCCAGCAUCCCUGUGGAACGCUUUCGACACCUUGUAGAGUCCAUGCCCCGACGAAUUGAGGCUGUUCUGAUGGCAAAAUUGCGACUGAAUAUUAGGAAGGUGUUCUUAAUGUUUUGUACACUCAGUUUAUAUUAAGAAUGAUAUGUACAGCAGUAUAUAUAUAUAUUAGCUAUGACAAGAAUCCAGUAAAAGGCACAUGACAGCCCGCUUGGAGUUUGCCAAAAGGCACCUAAAUACUCUCAGACCAUGAGAAACAAGAUUAUCUGGUCUGAUGAAACCAAGAUUGAACUCUUUGGCCUGAAUGCCAAGCUUCACGUCUGGAGGAAACCUGUCACCAUGCUGUGGGGAUGUUUUUCAGUGGCAGGGGCUGGGAGACUAGUCAGGAUCGAGGCAAAGAUGAACGGAGCAAAGUACAGAGAGAUCCUUGAUGAAAACCUGCUCCAGAGUGCUCAGGACCUCAGACUGGGACAAAGGUUCACCUUCCAACAGGACAAUGACCCUAAGCACACAGCCAAGACAAUGCAGGAGUGGCUUCGGGACAAGUCUCUGAAUGUCCUUCAGUGGCCCAGCCAGAGGCCGGACUUGAACCCGAUCGAACAUCUCUGGAGAGACCUGAAAAUAGCUGUGCAGCAACGCUCCCCAUCCAACCUGACAGAACUUGAGAGGAUGUGCAGAGAAGAAUGGGAGAAACUCCCCAAAUACAGGUGUGCCACGCUUGUAGCGUCAUACCCAAGAAGAUUCAAGGCUGUAAUCGCUGCCAAAGGUGCUUCAACAAUGUACUGAUAAAGGGUCUGAAUACUUAUGUGAUAUUUCAGUUUUAUAUUUUUAAUAAAUUAGCCAUUUCUAAAAACCUGUUUUUGCUUUGUCAUUAUGGGGUAUUGUGUGUAGAUUGAGGGGGAAAAAACCAUUACAUCCAUUUUACAAUAAGGCUGUAACGUAACAAUGUGGAAAAAGUCCAGGGGUCUGAAUACUUUCCGAAUGCACUGUAUACACUCAACAAAAAUAGAAACACAACAUGCAACAAUUUCAAAGAUUUUACUGAGUUACAGUUCAUGUAAGGAAAUCUGUCAAUUUAAAUAAAUAAAUUAGGCCCUAAUCUAUGGAUUUCACAUGACUGUGAAUACAGAUACUGUAUGCAUCUGUUGGUCACAGAUACCCCCCCAAAAAAGUAGGGGCGCGGAUCAGAAAACCAGUCAGUAUCUGGUGUGACCACCAUUUGCCUCAUGCAGCGCGACACAUCUCCUUUGCAUAGAGUUGUUCAGGCUGUUGAUUGAAUAUUGUCCCACUCCUCUUCAAUGGCUCUGCGAAGUUGCUGGAUAUUGGCGGGAACUGGAACACGCUGUCGUACACGUCUAUCCAGAGCAUCCCAAACAUGUUCAAUGGGUGAAUUGUCUGGUGAGUAUGCAGGCCAUGGAAGAACUGGGACAAUUUCAGCUUCCAGGAAUUGUGUACAGAUCCUUGUGACAUGGGGCUGGACAUUAUCCACCUGAGGUGAUGGCGGCUGAUGAAUGGCACGACAAUGGGCCUCAGGAUCUCGUCACGGUGUCACUGUGCUUUCAAAUUGCCAUCGAUAAAAUGCAAUUGUAUUCGCUGUCCGUAGCUUAUGCCUGCCCAUACCAUAACCCCACCACCACUAUGGGGCACUCUGUUCACAACGUUGACAUUUGCCCUGUACAGUUGGAGGCGGCUUAUGGUAGAGAAAUUAACAUUCCAUUCUCUGGCAUCAGCAUUCUAAAGGUGAUUGUUGGAGGACAUUGUCAGUAAUGCAAACGAGAUCUUGGGAACUGAGUGUGUCUAAAGUCAACUCUCUGAUUUAGAUGAUCAUAGAUUAUAUUAUUAGAGACUAUAUUAUAUUAGAUUACGUUUUUAUAACGCUAUAUGCAGUAAAUGCUUCUGGAAUCAAAUGUUAUGUUCUACAAAGGGUGGCAAAAGUAUUCUGGUAUGACUUUGCUGAUAAAUUAUUUGUGAAGGCAGUGUUUUCUUUGCGGGGGUGGUGUGGGGGGCUGCCACGAGUCCAAUACUAAUGCCAAUGUUUAUCUAACGCUGGCGUUCUCUCUUUGGUCUACAGGACCUCGGCUCGUUUGCCAUGCCCUUCUUGGAGGGAGAUGCCGACCAUGUGGAUAAGGCCGACAUACAGAAGGUACAGUGAUGUCCCGAGCCCGGCACACCCUCACCACUACCAUUUUUUUUGUAUUUAUUUAUCUGUAUAUGUUAUGUAGGUAGGUAGGUAGGUAGGUAGGUAGGUAGGUAGGAGGUUGGUAACGGGUUGUCAUGUGCCUUUUACUGAGGAGUGGCUUGCGUCUGGCCACUUUACCAUAAAGGCCUGAUUGGUGGAGUACUGCAGAGAUGGUUGUCCUUCUGGAAGGUUCUCCCAUCUCCACAGAGGAACUCUGGAGCUCUGUCAAAGUGACCAUCGGGUUCUUGGUCACCUCCCUGACCAAUGCCCUUCUCCCCCGUUUGGUCUGGCGGCCAGCUCUAGGAAGAGUCUUGGUGGUUCCUAACUUCUUCCAUUUAAGAAUAAUGGAGGCCACUGUGAUCUUGGGGACCUUCAAUGCUGCAGAAGGUUUUUGGUACCCUUCCCCAGAUCUGUGCCUCGACACAAUCCUGUCUCGGAGCUCUACGGACAAUUCCUUCGACUUCAUGGCUUGGUUUUUGCUCUGACAUGCACUGUCAACUGUGGGACCUUAUAUAGACGUGUGUUCCUUUCCAAAUCAUGUCCAAUCAAUAUAAUUUACCACAGGUGGACUCCAAUCAAGUUGUAGAAACAUGUCAAGGAUGAUCAAUGGAAACAAGAUGCACCUGAGCUCAGUUUCGAGUCUCAUAGCAAAGGGUCUGAAUACUUAUGUAAAUAAGGUAUUUCAGUUUCUUUUUUUUUUUAUACAUUUGCUAACAUUUCUAAAACCCAGUUUUUGCUUUGUCAUUAUGGGUAUUGUUUGUAGAUUUGUUUUAUUUAAUCCAUUUUAGAAUAAGGCUGUAAUGUAACAGAAUGUGGAAAAAUGAAGGGCUCUGAAUACUUUGAGAAUGCACUGUAUAUUAUUGUUUGGAUAACCUUAUUUACUAUUAUGUAUUGAUUUUUACCUUUCAUUUUUUUCACUCUUUAUGCGAUGUGCACUGCAGAGAACACCGGAAGAAGAAUUACCACAGUGAAUUAUUUUAGUAUUUGUUUAUGUGUCAAUUAAUCCCAUAAGGGAUGGGUUGCCAAUUGGCGAUUUGACACGAAAAUCAAAUGUAAUUAAUUAAUUCAUUAAUUUCAUUCAUACUAGUGUGCACUGGGAAAAUAUCAAUCUUUAAUAUUUUUGUAUUUUCACCGGUUCAUAUCUAUCUACUAUUGAGAAUCCAGAGAUGGUUGGGGUUAAUUUAUAGACUGAUGGUGUUGUCUAGAUGUGCUUCAGCCAACUUUAAUAUUUUAAUCUUCAUCAUUACCAUAUUAAAAUGCCAUCACAUAAUUGUAAGCCUACUGUAGCUCUAGUGGGGAUUGCAGCACUGACAUUGGCGUUUGGUCUCUAUUUAACCUCUACGGGAUCGGUGUCCCGUAUAUGGGACGGUUGAGCUAACGUACGCUAAUGUGAUUGGCAUGACUGUUGUAAGUAACAGCAAACUUUCCAGGACAUAGACAUGUCUUAUAUGGGCAGAAAGCUUAAAUUAUUGUUAAUCUAACUGCACUGUCCAAUUUACAGUAGCUAUUACAGUGAAAAAAUACCAUGCUAUUGUUUGAGGAGAGUGCACAACAACAAAAAACUUAUCACGGCAACAGGUUUGAUACAUUCACCUCUGAAGGUAAAUAAUGUACUUACAUUUAGUAAUCUUGCUCUGAUUUGUCAUCCUAAGGGUCCCAGAGAUAAAAUGUAGCAUAGUUUUGUUUGAUAAAAUAUUUUUUUUUAUUCAAAUGUAGGAACUGGGUUCUACAGUUUGAACCCCUGCUGUCUCUGGCUCCACACCCACCCCGCCCGGCCAUCUAGAUGUGUGAAAGUUAGUGUAUAAGCUAGUGAUCAUCAUGUAUGACAUUCCUGGGAGUUUGUAAUAUUACAUUUUGUAUUACCAUAUCAUUUUUGUAUGUUCUCUAUAGUUAUGUACUUGAAAAUGUAUCCCGUGAGAGUGAAUCAAAUCUGACUAACCCAGUGCACUGCUUGCUGAUAAUUCUAUCUGAUGGUGUUUGCAUGUGUAGGGAAAAAUACAAAUAAUGUCCCGUUUGGAACACUAACCAGGUUUCCAUCCUUCCUUUUUAUUCGAGGAAAGUACACGUCGGAUAACAAAUGUCAUGAUAGGCCUGAUGGAAACAGGAACUCAGUAAACUUUCCAAAUGUGGACAAAACAAAAUAGACAAGGUAGGAUCUUUUUGUGUAGGUGAAAUGUAUUAUACGUGAAAUGAUGGUGGAAACGCUUUUAUGCGCAAAUAUUGAUAUAAUAACCAUCAUAUUGAAGUAAACUUGGAGUCACGCAAUGACAUGUUGCGUGGUCUUCCCACUACGACUUGUCGCUAAAGCAUGCAGUUUAUUAGGCUACAGAUGAAAUAAGUUAUAAUGAACUUCACAGGGUGGUGAAAGUGCAAGGUGAUGAGCUUGAUGCUCCUUUCCAAUAAAUAUUGAGGGUCUUGUUCUGGUGACAUGAUCAUCGAUGCUUGGCUGCUGUUUGACAAAUAAAAAUAAUAUUUUGUCUAGUAUAACCUCAUCAUGUAGGCUAUACCCACACUGUAUCUGCAAGCUGUUGGCUAGAGCGCACGUGCCAAUACCAUAGUGGGCACACUCGCUAUACAACUCAAUUUGUUUUGUGAGAAAACCAUCAGUAGAGUUGAAAAUGUGGUGGAAAGCCAUUUAACUUGUAUUUUUUAUUCAAAAACGUGAAUUUACAGCAAAAGGUAUUUUUAUGUGCAAUACGUCAUCAUGCACAGACUUUUAUCCGCAACAAGUCAAUUUGAUGGAACGAGAUCUCUGGUGGGAAAAUGUGCAUAUUGUUUUUAUUUUGCUCAAUUUGAUUGGGGGGGCCUGUCUCCCCAGUGUGUAUGCCCCUGGUGCUGACGAAGGUGGCCUCUAUAUGAAACCUCCACACACAAACUCAAAGACGCACUUGCACAAUCUGAUACGUGCACGCACACGCACUGUACAUUUUCAAAUUAAGAAAGUGGCAGAGACGUCAUCAGGAGACAUUUUACAUCAAGCCUACCUGUCAAUAAAGGGACUGAAGAUCUCCCAGGUGCCAUGUAGAGAUGGAUGUCUCUACAUUUGGCAUUGUUCCAAAUCCAAUCAAUAAUCUCAUUCACACCUGAUUGUGCAAACGGCAGUGUCCUCAUUUAGGUGUUUCCAUUAUUACUCUUAAUUGGAUAAAGCUACACUCUGUUCUAAUAACCUGGUUUGGAAUGAAGUCUUUAACUCUUUGUGUUGUUGAACCUACUGUUAUAGACAGUCAUCCAUGAACACUGUUUUGGCAGUCUGUCCUUCAGAGGAACAGCCUAGCACCAAUAGGAUCAAUUGAAGCCAAUAGAAGCCAAACUAUUUUAAGUGGAUGGCAAGAGAGCUAUAAGCGAGGUCUUGCCUAUACAAUGCUAGAUGAAACUGUUGUAUUGUAGACCUAUACCUAUCAUUCUCCAUUGUUUUGUUGCCAGAGUGAAGGUGUGUGUGUGUGUGUGUGUGUGUGUGUGUGUGUGUGUGUGUGUGUGUGUGUGUGUGUGUGUGUGUGUGUGUGUGUGUGUGUGUGUUGGAAUGUUAACAACAGAAAGAGCACUGCUAGUGGUUCCCUUCUAGUGCAGUGUUUGUUUGGCUCAAGAGUCUUACCUCACCCAGAAUCCUCUCUGUGUCGUCCUGCGUCUCUCACCUUGGAGCAUGAAGGUCGGACCAUUUUUUUCCUGGAUUUGUAGCAGAAGCUACAGGGCCGACUAUGAAUCAGGGAAAAAAACAAGAAAACCAGUCAAGGCUGUUGAAAAAGAUAAGCUGAUAGCUUUUAAGGAAAUGGAGUGUAGUAGAUCACAUUUAUUAAUUUCCAUCUGUUGAUUUCCUCCCAAGGUUUUAGUACAUUUAGUACAUAUCCUAUUUUAUGCCCAUGGUUUCCCAUACUGAUUGUUGUAACCCGAGUUGCUGAACUGUACCUAAUACAGAAGAGUAGGUUUAUAGCAAAUAAAGGCCAUGCAUUGUUUCUCAUAUUUUUCCAGAUUAUUUUCACAAUCAGACUAGCUCUGAAAAAUAUCUGAUGUGGAAAGAUCUGAUGUGAUUGGUCAAAAGACCAAUUAGUGGAAAAUAUAUCAGAAUUGGGCUGCCUGUGUAAACACACACCUAGUGGUUCCAAAAGCACUCCGUGUUUUUCUAACUUUGCCAUGGGAAUGGCUUAAGAUUUAGAAGUAGGUCAACAACAUGAGGCUGCAAUGUUAUUUAAAUAGAGUAUGCCAGCAUGUUUUGUAAUCUCCUGAUUUAAACCGCAGUGCAUGUGUGACUGAAAGGCUUGUAACACCUGAACAUGAGAAAGGGGUGGAAUCCUAUAACUUUAUUUACUUCACUGAUUUCUCCGUCAGAGUAAUAGACCUAAGCUGCGUUUACACAGGCAGCCCAAUUCUGAUAUUUUUCCCACUAAUUGGUCUUUUGACUAAUUAGACUAGCUCUGGAAAAAGAUCUGAUGUGAAAAUAUCUGAUUGGUCAAAAGACCAAUUAGUGGAAGAAAUAUCAGAAUUGGGCUACCUGUGUAAACGCAGCCCUAGUGGCUUACGUUCCAAAAGUAGCACUACAAGAAUGAGCAGUCCAUUCAAACUACACUCACCUUUUCUUAGUAAAAUGUUCUUCAUAUGUAUGAUUUAAAAUCUCUACAUUCUUACUGCAUGACUUAAAAGUUUUGUAUAUGAUUUGAUGCAACCCUGAAGCCAUCUGUGUUGUGUCCAUAUGCAUAUUCAUAUUUAGAAAGGCUAAGGCUGAGUCACUCCUCACAUUGAUUAUACUGGGUGAAUCUACUCACCAGCCUUUGGCUCUCAUCGGAUAAUAAUAAUGGACUAUUUGCCCUCAAGUCGGAAGCUCUGACUCAGAACGACUUGAACAUUUGUAAUUAUUCAGCGAAGACCUGAAAUGCAUUUCUGGGAAUCAACUUGAAAUCCCAGACACACUCAGACAGUGAAACCACACUCUGCAAUAUUUAACCUAGUGGAAAGAACAACAGACUGUCUUCAUUGCAUCUCUAACUCUAUUGUUUACUAAGAGGGGCAAGUUUACAGUAUACUUUUUUUGGCACGUAAAUUCAUAUUUUCAAGAAGGUCCCUGAUUUAGAAAUGAUCCGUAGUCUUGCUAGUAACCAGUUUUCUAUCUGACGAGGAAAACAUUACAAGGAACCUGUAAAUCAGAAACAGUAUACUUUUGACAUUGAACCAAUUAUUUUGGCUUUACAAAGUCCCUGCCUUUGAGCAUUGUAGAUUGGACACCCCCCAUGCAUGGCAAAGUGGUAGAUAAAAUCAAGAAAACAUGUUCAACCUGGUUGUCUAUCUCUUGAAACAGAGAAGGGGAGCUAUUUCCUCUUAACCAGGAAUGGCGUGAAAUAAAAGUUCAGUCCCUUCCCUCUUCUCAGUCCCCCUUUAAAUUGUUAAUAGGUUCCAGCUCUGUCUAAUUUGAGUAGUUGAAUGUCUAUAUAGAAUUGUACAUUGGAAUUUAGCCACCAAAGUGAAGGCUCCUACUCUGUGAUUAAACAUUGUCUCUAGAUCUUUAAUCGUUACUCUCUCGUCUCACUGCUGCAAAGCUGUGUUGUCGAAAGAGCGCAAAAAAGCCUUGUUACCUACAAAGCAAUCAGUAAACUCUUUGUUUUCUACCUCAGGGUGAUGGGAGUUGCCACUCAGCCAGCCCGACCAAAGGCUUCUUCACGCGGGGGCCCUUCAGUCGGCCCUCCAGUCCCAAGUCGGCCCCUGCCAGGACCAAGAACAGCCCGGGCUCCCCCAAAACCAUAUUCCCCUACCCUUCGUCCCACCAGGACUCCCCACCCAAGUCGCCUCGUCGCCUGAGCUUCAGCGGCAUCUUCCGCUCCUCCUCCAGGGACUCUAACUCCACCUCCACCUCUCCCGUCAGCAUCAAGCUCUUCUCCAGGGCCAGGAAAGGUAAGACCAGUUGUUCUAUGUCUAACAGGGUUGGUUCUGUGAACCACGCUCAUAUGUUAUGCAAACCUGUAGAGUUGUUAUCUCCCCAACUUAAUGCCUAGGUUUUAGCUCUAAGGGCUAAUACAGUACUGUGGCGAGCAGGAAAAAAUGGAUUCAAACUCUGGUCGAUCACAUAUGCACAGUAUGUGUGGGGGGAGGGAAUACAAACUACAACAUGGCUCAAAUUGUUCCUCUGCUGCUGUGGUAAUUAGUGUUUGUGUACUUUUAGGUUGUUUUAGGAUGGUAGACGGAAAUGCCUGCGUUGUGUAUUGGGCAUGUGGUUGAGGAGGUGAUGCUCGUUCCUGUAGGUUGUGGCGGGUGAACCGUGUGGAUAUGCUGUCCUAUGGGUAUUAUUGUGGUAUCCAUCAUCAUUUGACAUAAAAGGCAUCAUUUAGUUGCAUUCUAUCAUGAUUUAUUUAUUUAUUCUAUAGUCUAGAGAUGGAUAUUGUUGUUGUCAGAGGAGAUGUUCAUUCUGGUGGGCUGGUGGUGA